UGCGUCAUCACAGCGGUCCUUCCUGUGAGUGUUUGAGGCGCUGAAGUCUUGAACUAAUGCUAAUGCUAAUGCUACUCCGAGCACAGCAGGGCUCCUCACCUAGCGAAGUGUUCUGGUUUUAGCUCUGACUUAGUUUUCUAAAAUGGAGGAGGUGGACGUGGAGCCGACCACCACGUUAAUUCCCGGCGUGGGACUGAAGCAGAAACAUCUGGGGUUCGAGUGGGGUCCGGGAGAUAUCCUGGUCUACGAGACAAACUUCAGACCAGCAGGUGCAGGGUCUGGCUGUCCCUCUGUCCACGUGGUGAGGAAAGAUGAGGACAUCUACUCUCCCAUCCUGCGCAAGCUCUUCAACGAGUCGCAUCACAUCUUUGUCGGCCUGCAGAACAUCACAGAGGACGUUCCCAGCAAAAACAAGAAGCCACAGUUUGUUAGCAUCAGUAAGAACUACAGAUCUGUAAUCCGAGCCUGUAUGGAGGAACUCCAGCACGUUGCAGUGUCCACUCAGGAUGUGACUUUGGUCUGUCAGUACAGCAACCAGGUCUCCAUUCUUCUGGCUACUGAGCUCAUUUGGAAUCUCUGUGAGGUGCUUUUCAUCGAUGCUGCCCCAGCUGGCUGUCUGCUGCUUCAUCUGCUGGACUGGGUGCGCUUGCACAAGGCAGACGUGGACGAGAAGGCCAAGGAGGUUCUGCAGAGUGACAGCCCCACCAACCACCUCGCUUACUGGGAUGUGGUGAUCAGCUUUAUCUUGCAGGGCCGCGUGGACGAGGCGCGGCAUGUGCUGACCAAGCAGGCGUCCGUGCAGGCCGCCUCCAGAACUCUCUACCAGCUCAUGGACACCCUGCUGCACAAGAUGCCUGUGUUUAAUCCCAGUGGCACUCAGACUCUCACAGAAUUUGAUAUGAAAUGGAGGCACUGGCACGAGGAGUGUGAUCGCUGUCUCCAAGACAAAUCCUUCGCUAGCAACCCUCACCUAGAGACCAUCUGCAAGAUCCUUCUUGGCGACGAGGAUGCAAUGCUGGAGCACAAGGAACUGCUCGGCACCUGGUACCAUUUUCUGGUCAGCAGGCUGCUCUUCUCCCACCCAACAGUCAAACCAGCAGAGCUACACUACUAUGCCAAGUCCAGUAUGGAUAUGUUUCUGGAUUCGCGCAGUGUCCCAGAGCCUUUAGACAGCAUCCUGCUAGCAGCUUUCGAGUUUGACCUUCACCAGGUUAUUAAAGACUGCAGCAUCGCCCUCAACAACUGGUGGUUCGUGGCCCACCUGACGGAUCUCCUGGACCACUGCAAACUCCUGCAGUCUCACAACCUCCAUUUCGGCUCAAACCUGAGGGAGUUCCUGGUGCUGGAGUACGCGUCUGGCCUGGUCUCCCAUCACAGUCUGUGGCAGCUGGCAGUGGACUACUUUGACCACUGCCCUGAAUUUGGCCGUGUGUAUCUGGAGCUGCAACUCGAGAGGGUUCCGCUGGAGACUGAACGCAAGGCGCUGAAGGUGUUGAGGAUCUGUGAGCAGAGACAUAUGACAGAGCAAGUGCGCAGUAUCUGUAAGAUCAUGGCUAAGAGGGCUCUGAGUAAUAACCGGCUGGGUUCCGCUCUGUCCUGGAGUAUCAGAGCUAAAGACGCAGGGUUUGCCACCCUCAUCUCCGAGAGGUUCCUGCAGGACUACUGCACAAGGGGCUCAUUCUCUGACCUGGACCUGAUCGACAACCUCGGACCUGCCAUGCUCCUGAGUGACAGACUCACGUUCUUAGGGAAGUACAGAGAGUUUCACAGGCUCUAUGGAGAGAACAAAUUCACAGAGGCUGGUAAGCUCCUGCUGUCUCUGAUGACAGCGAAGAUCGCCCCACGAAGCUUCUGGAUGACCCUGCUCACAGACGCACUGCCUCUGCUAGAGCAAAAGGAGGUUAUCUUUUCGGCCGAUCAGACCCAUGAACUCAUGUUCUGUCUGGAGGAGCUGACAUCAGACAACACUGAGCCUAAGCCGGAACCUCCUGCACUGGGUGAAGAUGUGGAGACCGCCAAGCUGGAGCUUCUGCGGCUGGCGCUGGCGCGGAACCUGGCCAUGGCCAUCGUGAAGGAGGGGACAGUGGAGGCCUGAACCCCACAAACUCAUUCUCCGGUUACGUUCAUUCAUACCAAGCCUUUCUACAGUUCACUGUACAUAAAACCUUCUUAAGUGGAUUUAAAAUGUUUGUAAUUUGAAAUUAAAUUUGUUUUUUUCAAAAACGA